CUUGGGAUUGCAGAGAUCAGUUGUUCGACAAGUGCCCAUGUGUGCGGAUGUGUGAUUAAAUUAUUCAACAGAUCUCAUCAGCAAGAAAGUUGUGUUCCAAAGCAAAUUUAUCCAAGUCAAAAUUUGCUAUGGAUAAUCGAACGUACGUUGCGGAUUCUCAAAUCGAUCUCAGUGCUGUGGCCCAAAGUAACAACUCGUUGGAUGCAGCAGCUACAAAUGGCAAUGGAACGGUGGCCAAAAAACCUUCUCCAGUCCGGGACAAAUGGGGCAAAGAUGUAGAGUUCAUGUUGUCCUGCAUAGCCUAUUCGGUUGGGUUUGGAAAUGUGUGGAAAUUUCCCUACACUGCACUCAAAAACGGCGGCGGAGCCUUCCUGAUACCGUACUUGGUGGUGUUGUUCCUCGUGGGACGACCCAUCUACUAUCUGGAAAUGGUGAUGGGACAGUUUUCAAGCCGGGGAGUUGUCAAAAUCUACGAUCUCAGUCCAGCCAUGCGAGGUAUUGGAGUGGGUCAAUCCAUUGCCAUGUUCAUCGUCAUGACGUACUACACGCCGAUACUGGCGAUCACCUUCCGCUACUUGGUGGCCUCGUUCAGUGCCGUCCUGCCCUGGGCCAAGUGUGAUCCUUCGUGGCCCAAUUGUGUCGAUUCCGAUUUCGUUGGACAGAUUGUGAACAAUGCGAGUAUUAAACCAAAGGCUUCCGCUGAACUCUACUUUCAAAACUCUGUGAUGCACCAAAACGCCUCUCUGUACGAAGGACUUGGCCUACCGGAUUGGAAACUAGUGCUAUGUCUCCUCUUCGCCUGGCUCUGCGUGGCAACUAUCCUAAUCAAGGGGAUAAAGAGUUCGGGGAAAGCUUCGUACUUCCUAGCGAUCUUCCCAUACGUGAUCAUUUUGAUUCUAUUCGUUCACGCAUGCACGCUGGAUGGUGCCUUCAAUGGUAUUAUGUUCUUCCUAACGCCCCAGUGGGAUCAACUGCUGAACGUUACGGUCUGGUAUGAAGCGGUAACGCAGUGCUUUUUCUCGCUAUCAGUUUGCUUCGGCGGGAUUAUUGCCUACGCGUCGUUCAACAACUUUUCCAACAAUGUGUACAAGGACGCCAUAAUAAUUUCCUGGCUCGACACCUUCACAUCCAUCAUUGCCGGGUGUAUUGUAUUCGGCGUGAUCGGAAAUCUGGCUUACGUAACCGAGCAGCAAGACAUCCAGGCUGUGGUCAAAAGUGGCGCUGGACUGACCUUCAUGACCUAUCCGGAUGCAAUCGCCAAGUUUGACUGGCUGCCGCAGCUGUUCUCUGCGCUUUUCUUCCUCAUGCUGUUCAUUGUUGGGUUGGGCAGCAAUCUGGGUGUGACGACCAGUAUUGUAACGGCCAUCAAGGAUCAGUGCCCUGAACUGAAGAACUGGCAGGUUGUGUCAGCAGUGGCCGUAGCUGGAUUUUCAUUCGGUAUCGUGUACUUGACGCCCGGUGGAAUGCAUUUACUGGAUAUUUUGGAUUACUAUGGUGCGAAAUAUGUUACGUUGACAUUUGCCGUACUGGAACUUGCUACCUUGGCGUGGAUAUACGGAGUGGACCGUAUCUGCAGGGAUAUCAAGUUCAUGCUUGGCAUCGAAACCAGCCUGUUCUGGAGGAUAUGUUGGGGGGUUGUAACGCCGUUGGUGACAGUGGCCAUCCUGCUGUUGAGCUUCAUCGAUUACGAAGCGUUCGUGGUUCCUGUAGGGUACAAUGUUCUCGGCUGGUUCAUCUACAUUGUGGCCGUGCUCCAAUUGCCCGGUUGGGCAUUGUAUGCCACUACACGUAGCAGUUCGAAAACGAUUGACUCGUGGUGGGGUUCGCUGAAGAAAUCGUUCUACCCGCUGCCUGAAUGGGGUCCAGAAGAUGUGCCAACGCGGCUACGCUACCAGGAAGAAGUGGAACAGCAUGAGGCAACGGUGCCGCGAGAUCGCAGUCUCAUGGAUGUCAUCAAGCGGAAGCUGCUGAGUUGAUAGAUCGCUGGAGUAAAGGAGUAAAAGGGUGUUGAUUUUUUUACGGUUUUUAUUUGUUUUCAAUGUGAUAAACUUAUUUACAUUAAAGUUUAAUAAACAAUGUUACAAUAUAUGAAGUAAAA